GUCUGGUUCUAUUAUGUGGCCAUUGUUUGUUUAGAAGGAGACUUGGAAGUUAUUAUCUGAUGGUAUCCUUUAUUAUAGACGACGAGAACUUGGAUUUCCAGGGUUACAAAUGACUGAAAGUGAAUUACAGACUUUCUGUCUGAUUGAGAUUGAGAAGUUGCUCCAGAAUAAUGGAAAGUCGUUAAGAGAUUAUGCUGGUAUGCCAUGUCCAGACAUGCAAUUGGUUUCUCAAUUCAGUAACUCGAUGUUGUUAUGGGAAAUGCAAUAUGAUAUUGCUUUAUUAAUCCAGGAACAUGAUUCAAAUUUAUUGAAGUUGAAUGAAGAACAAAGAGUUAUAUAUGAGAAAAUUGUCAAUUGUGUUUGUAACAAAGAAGGUGGGUGGUUUUUUAUAUAUGGAUUCGGCGAAACUGGAAAAACUUUCUUGUACAGGACAUUAUCAGCUAGGUUGCGAUCUGAAAGGAAAAUUGUCAUUAAUGUUGCAUUGAGUGGAAUUGCAGCAUUGUUGUUACCAAGGGGUAAGACAGCUCAUUUGAUGUUCAACAUUCUAAUUGAGCUAAAUGAGGAUACUGUUUGUAGGAUCUCAAAAGAUAGUGCUAAGGCAGAAUUGAUUUGAUGUGCUGAUUUGAUUAUUUGGGACGAAGCACCAAUAACUAAUAAGUUGGCUUUUGAGGCAUUGGAUUGAACCCUUCGUGAUAUAAUGUCGUUUGUGUCUGUUGUUAACAAAGAUUUGCCGUUUGGUGGAAAAAUAAUUGUUUUGGGUGGUGAUUUUUGACAAGUAUUACCUGUCAUCCCAAGAGCUUCCAGAGCUGAGAUUGUGAUGGCCACUAUUAAUUCUUCAAUGCUUUGGAAGCAUUUUGAGGUAUUAACCUUAACAAAGAAUAUGAGAUUGGAUAGUGCAUUGGAAGAUGUUGUUGUGGAGGAGUUAAGAUCCUUUUUAGAGUGGAUACUUCAGAUAGGAGAGGGAAAAUCUGGUGCGGUUAUCAAUGAUAAACUUUGUGUAGAAGUACCGACUGAUUUGCUUAUCUAUACUUCUGAUAAUCUAGUUGAAGAUAUUAUAAAUGUGGUUUAUCCAAAUAUUGUUGUCAAUUUUGAAAAUCCAAUUUUCUUUCAAGAUAAGGAAAUAUUGGCUCCAACUGUUGAAAUUGUUGAAGAGAUUAAUAACUACAUAGUUAAUUUGUUACCGGGUGAAGAAAAGGAAUAUUUGAGUGCCGAUGUUAUUUGUGGUAGUGAUGCUUAUGGUGAUAUUGAUUGUAGUUGGAUAACCACUGAAUUUUUAAACCAAAUUAGAUGUUCUGGCUUACCCAAUCAUUCUCCCAAAUUGAAGAAAGGGGUACCUAUUAUUUUGUUGAGAAAUAUUGAUCCAACUAAUGGUUUGUGCAAUGGAACUCGACCCAUUGUAAAAGACCUGGGAUCAAACGUGAUUGCAGCCGAGGUUGUUUCUGGUAGUAACAUUGGUGAUCAAGUAUAUAUUGCUCGAAUGAAUCUCAUUCCAAGUGAUGCUAGGAUACCUUUUAAAUUUCAGCGUAGACAGUUUUUAAUAAGCUUGUCAUUGCAAUGA